AUGACGCGGCUUCGUCUCGACCUAGACAGAGCCUCCUCCGCCUCCGCGAAGCUUCUCGCGGCUUUCAGCAGCAACCCCCGAUCCCCCGCCUCCUCCUCCUCCUCCUCCUCUACUUCCUACUCCUACUCCUCCCAUUCCGCCAAGGGCCAUUCUUCCUCCACCGCACACCACUCCGCGUCCUCCCCCUUGAACUCCCGGCCUUAUUCAUCCUCUUCGUCGCGCCGCAAGAGCGAGUCGGAUUCGCACCACCACCCCCACCCGCGCUUUGCAACCCCCAGCGCUGCUGCGCCAAGCACCUCUCGUCAUAAUCACUCCGACCGUUCCCAUGGCCACUCGCACAGUGGCCACAUGCACCGCGUCGCCUCGCCCUUCGACGAGCCGGGAUGCAAUCUACCCCCGAAGUCGCCGAUGCGAGCGAAAUCAUCGUCUUCGUGGACCCAUACGCUCUCGCCUGCUGAUAGCCAUCGACCGGGCUGGGAUGGAUCCGAACCUCCACGGUUCGGUUCGGCAGCCGAAGUUUCCACGGCGAUGGUCGCGGGUCCGGGAAGCGACUCUAUCAUGGGCCACGGCGGGCUGGCUGCGCGCAUGCUGACGGCGACGACGGAGGAGCUCUUCGAGAUCCCCGAGAUCGGCGUCCCGCCGGAAUUCGCGGAGAUGUGGGUCGCGUCGCACUCCGACAACUCCUUUUCCGCGCAGCCGCUGCCGUCGGGCGGCUCCAACGGCUCUCUUGUUUGCCAGUGCGACUCGUGCCGUGUACUAUCGUGGGAAGAAGGCGCCUCGGGAGAGGUGUAUAACCCCACGAAAGGGUUCGGUUGCGCGAUUAACGAAACUGUAGAGGCACCCGCUGCAGCAGGCGCGGCGGAGGACUCCGCCGCCCCGCGCGGAGUCCCCGCGGGCCUCGCAGCGUUCCUCCUGGACGCGCCAGUCGAGGCGCUGUUUGACUCCUACGACGACGCGCCCGCGCCCGCCGCAAUGGCUGCCGCUGCGGGAGGCGACCGCACGGCGUUCCCGCCCGGCGAGGGCAGCUGCAGUGGCUGGUUGCCCGUGCCGCAUGCUGCGGAGUCGGCGGCGCUCCUAGCGGCGGAGGUUGCGGCUGGCGGAGCCGCGGCGGCUGGGGAAGCAGCGAUGGCGGGCGGCUACGGGGACGUGAGUCUGCAGCAGCCGCGGUGGUUCGGAAACGAGGCGGACGCGCAGAGAGACGUUGCGCACCGGUCGUACACCAUGCGCGCGUCCCCCGCGCUAUCAUCCCCCGCGUAUUCCGCUCCGCCGCCUCCCCAGCGCAGCGUCUCGGCCAAUCACGGCAGCCCGUGGCGCAACAUGGGGUCGCGCGAGUGGGAUGCGCUCGCGUCGCCCGCCUCUGUGGCGGAAGCGGAGUGGAGGGCGCGCGGAAGGGGAAGCGCGGAGGCGGAGCAGGCGGCUUGGAAUAGCGGACCGAGGAGCGUGAGUAUGAACAUGGGGUUGCUCAUGGCGCACCGGGGGCUGGCGGAAUAUUACGCGGAACGGUGCGGGGGAGCGUGCGGCGGAGGGUGCGGCGGAGGGUGCGCGGAAGGGUGGCAAGAGAACUGCAAUGGCGGCGUAGUCCCGGGGAACGCUGCGCAGAGCGGGAGCGCGGACGAGGGGGAAGCGCUGGCGCAUGUGAGCAGCGCGGGGAGCACGCUGGACGCGCCGUUCUACGCCGGCGGAGGGGAGGGGAGCAGCAGCCAUGGGAGCGGGCGGAGCGGGAGCAGCAUGAGCGACAGCGCGAGUGGCGGGGAGAGCGAGAAGGAGGUAACCCCAGGGGAGCCUUCAUACCCCCGGCUUCAGAAAGUAGAAGCCAGUGCUGCCUCUGUCGCCGCUGCUGCUGCAUCCCCUUCCGCCCCGUCCGCGCCUUCCCCCCAGCACGUGACGUCCCCCGCGGAGCUGCAGCUGCGCGCGGAGCUGAUGCGCAUGGAGGCGGACCUGGCGUGGGCGCAGGGCAGCGCGGCCCCCUCCGCCAUGCCCCCCGCCCUGCGCCAGCAGCUGGCGCUCAUGCGCGGCGAGGUGGAGGCGCUGAGGCAGGCGCUGGACAGACAUGCACUGGCGGAGCCGGGCGCACACGGGGCGCAGGGGGCGCAGGGGGAGAAGACACCAGCAGCAGCGAGUUGUUUUGUAUCCAACUCAGGUGGAACCACAGCAGCAGCAGGUACAGCAGCAGCACUAUCGGCAUUCUCCUCUCGCCAUCUCCAUCAGCCUUGUGUGGGUAGCAGUGGCAGCACGUCCCUCUGCAGCUCCCCCCACGGCACGUUCUCCCGGCUCUCCACUGCCACCCGUGCUGCUGCCAUGCCCACUGCUACUGCUGCCACCAACCUCUCCUGUAACUCCACUUGA